AUGGCAGGAAGCAAGAACAACGUCCCGGCCAACCUCGCCAGGAAGUCGGCCGUUCCAACUCGGUUCCGAUGCAAAGUGGGCGGCGAAUGGAAGCCGCUGAGCUCCUUUUCCAACAAGCAACAAAGUCUCAUCCAGGGUCACGUCGACCGCCAAGCACCAAUAAAUGCCGCGAACACGGGAAUGACAUGCCGUGACCAUUCUGGGGUGCCUCGCACAGAAAUUCGCUGCGAGCUCUGCGCCCUCAUAAAGCCGCUGGCCGAAUUUAGCCAGAACAGUAGAAAGAGCGGAGACUACAUUUGCAAGCGUUGCUGCGCUUGGAGUGAGACCCAAGAGCCUGAAGUUACUCCCUCUCCCCUGGAAACGGGUCACAUUUCCGUCGAGGAGGACGAAAACGAAGUCUGGGAGAAGAACUACAUGGAAAGUGUCGACUUCUUCCCCGACGACAUGCCCCAGGCCCCGAUCACGGAACUGUCCUCCCUGGGCAUCGAAGGCAAGAAAGUGUUGAGCCAGCUCAAGGCUGCGUCGGUCAGUGGGAGUAGUCGUGCCUCCUCGGUCGUGUCCGUUGGAAGCUCUCUGCCCCCUCAUCUCCGCGCUCGGGAGUUACAAGCAGGCUCCUCAGCGAGCAAGGCUGCCUUGGACGACACCGGGGACUCUUCUUCGGCCCUCGGUUCAGCACUCAUGUCGAUGAGCAUGUCGACGGCGACCACCAUGCGCGAGGCCGCAGUCAAGGGACGAGCCUCUGAGAACGUCGCCUUCAACGCCUGGGGCCCUGAUGGUAAGCACCACAAGGGCGUCAAGUCCCCCACGGUGCCUUCCAGCACCGACGAAGGGUCGGCUGCCAGCCGCGGCCAAGGUCGCGACCUGGGCAAGUCCAGUAACCAGAGCCAGGCGGCCGCCCAGGAAACCCCAAAGUCUCGGGGCAAGGGCAACUGGUACAAGGCCCCACGCCUGUCGCGGGCCGAGCUCCAGGCACAGCCCGCUAUUCCGCACGUCUCAGCACGUCACCACGAUGCGAACCUGGACCGCCAACUCCGCAUGAACUAUUGCGAGUCGGAAGACUCGGACUUUUGA